GACAAAAAAAUAAAAGAGUCAAAAUCCUUUACACUCUUAAAUUUGUUCCCUACAAAUAGCCAUUACUUCUCUCUUUACUUCCUUAUCUCAACCUUUAAUUAACCCUUCCAUUCCUUCAAAAUUUGUUUGAACAAUGGAUACCAAUUUUUUCAUCAACGAUAAUGAGGAUGUGUUGAUUGAGAUAUUGAAGAGGCUCGACGGCCGUUCAUUGGGAGUAGCUGCCUGUGUAUGUAAGCUCUGGUCCGGUAUCGCUCGGAACGAUUCUCUCUGGGAGCAUCUCUGCUUCCGCCACGUGUCGCCGCCGCUCGAAGGUGUGAGGACGGUGGUUUUGGCACUAGGAGGGUACCGGCGGCUGUAUAUGGUCUGCGUGAGGCCAGUAUUGAAUCGAUUGCGAAAAUGGAGGCCGAUUGGAAUGGAAUCUGAUUCCGAGAUUGUGAGACGAGUUUAUUGGACUCGUCAUGAAGUCGAGUUAUCGUUGUCGCUGUUUUGUGUGGAUUAUUAUGAGCGAGUAUUAUUGACCGGCGGUAGUGGUGAUGGGGGUGGAGGCGGCGGAGACGCUGCGGCGGCGCCGUGUGUAUCGUCGCUCAUGUUCCUUUGUAAGGCUGUGAAUGUUUGAAUGGAAUUGAAAUUCAAAUUUAAUUUGGAAAUGAAGCUUAUUUGGCGAGAAGUAAUAAGUAUUCUUUUAUAUUUAAUUAGAUGUUUUAAAUUUAAAUUAUAUUGAAACACAAAAUUAUAUUUAUUUCUGUAAAUUCGAAAUUCGUUAUGCGAAUAUAUAAGCUUCAUAUUAUUAUUA